AUGUCACGCAGCAGCUUCGCGGCGUCGGACGCGCCGACAGUGUCCAUCAUGGGUGUCUCCAAUGUCGGGGCAUCCAGAGGGCGCUCUCUGCUCUUGUCUCGCGAGCGGGUCUCCUCCAGCCAGGCCAUCCAGACCGAGCGGCCAGCCAGGGCACCUCCAACAUGGCCGGCGGUCCUGGUCAGCCUGCUUCACAACCUUAGUAUGGGUGCUGCCCUGAAUGUGUGGCUGGAGGUAUGCAAGGAAGUAGUCGGCGAGCAGGACCUCAAGCCGAACCCUGAUGGAGGGGAGUCCGGUGAAUCUCAAAGAUACUACGGGCGCUUGCUCGCAGCCAACGCAGUCUGCGAGUUGAUCACCAGCCAGCUUGUUGGGGUGAUGAGUGACAAGUUUGGUCGAAGGCCUAUCCAAUGCUUGGCUCAGCUUGGACAGGUGAUCGAUUACGGCAUCGCCGGCCUUUGCCUACCCACCUUGGGCAUUGUCAGACAGAUCCCUGCCGAAGUUGCGCAGGGUCUGCUAUUUUGCUCCCGUGGGGUUGCUGGCCUUCUGGGCAACUACAAAGUAACGCUGCAGUCCUACACGGCGGACAUCUCCAGUGCCGAGGAAUGUCCUGACAAUCUAGCGGCCUUGGGAGGUGCCAUGGUGGCGGGUAUGUGCGCAGGCAGCCUUAUUGUUGCAUUGGUGCAGUCAAUGGCAAUAUCGUUUCGGGCCUGCUACUUCACAGCUGCAGCCCUGAACGUGGUCAUAAUCAUCGUAGUGAAGACAGCCUGGAGAGAUAUCGCACCACGGAAAGAACUUCGUUGCAGCGAGGCAAACCCGGUGGCAGCCUUGGCGGUGCUCGGC